GGGGCAUGGCGAGGGAAGAGACUCGAGACGAAGAGGCCCAGGAACGGCGGGGGUGGGGGUGAGCGCGGGAAAUGGGCGACCCUGAGGGCACUGGGACGCGGCGAGGGUACGGGCGCCCCCACACUGCCGGGGGCGUGCUGCGAGGGAGGGCCCAGCCGAGCCCCUCGGGGCAGGGGGUCUGACAUCUGGACGGAGCGCGGAAGCAGCAUCCUGUCCUUGGGGAGUGGAGAGGAGCCCAGUCCUAUCCAGCUGUGCAAACAGGAGGAGGAGGUCUCAAGGCCGCCCUCGGGAGAGGGGCGAGAGGGGUGGUCAAGCCGCCGCCUCCGCGUCGGCCCCCGCGGUGCGGGUUGCGCCAGCCUCCUCGGAGCCCGACGCAGAAACUUGUUGCAACAAACAGGCGACCGCGGGUGCCCCUAGCAGCCAGCGGCGGAGUGGGUGGGCGGGCGAGAGGGAGGGGAAGGCUGGCGGACGCCGCAGCGAACUGGUGGGCAGACCCGGAGUCGCCGCGUAAGCGGGGCCGGCUCAGUGCGGUGCGGCAGGCGCGGCUGUGCGGCAGCGGAAGUCCUUUGUUGCAGCACAGUCCCUGGCAGAGCCAGAACCUCUCCGCGCAGCCCAGCCCGAGCGCCGCCGCCACUGCAGCUCGCGGCCCCUUCGCCUCCGCCCGCCUUUCCCGCGGUGGAUUUGCCUUAAACUCCCUAAAACCUCCGCAGCCCCGGUUCCAGCUGCGGCCGGUCUCUUCUAGAAGAUGGCAAAGCCCAGCCACAGCAGCUACGUUCUUCAGCAACUAAACAACCAAAGAGAAUGGGGCUUUCUCUGUGACUGUUGUAUUGCAAUUGAUGACAUUUACUUUCAAGCACACAAAGCAGUUCUGGCUGCCUGUAGCUCCUAUUUUAGAAUGUUUUUCAUGAACCAUCAACAUAGUACUGCACAACUGAAUCUUAGCAACAUGAAAAUUAGUGCCGAGUGUUUUGAUCUCAUUUUGCAGUUUAUGUAUUUAGGGAAAAUUAUGACAGCUCCCUCAAGUUUUGAGCAGUUUAAAGUGGCAAUGAACUAUCUCCAGCUGUACAAUGUUCCUGACUGCUUAGAAGAUAUACAGGACGCAGAUUGUUCUAGUUCAAAAUGUUCAUCUUCUGCUUCUAGCAAACAGAACAGCAAAAUGAUAUUUGGGGUGAGAAUGUAUGAAGAUACUGGGCCUAGAAAUGGCAGUGAAACUAACAAGUGGUGUGCAGAGCCAAGUUCAACAGUGAAUACACCACAUAAUAGAGAGCCUGAUGAGGAGUCUUUGCCAUUAGGGAAUUUUCCUGAACCACUGUUUGAUGUGUGUAAAAAAAGUUCUGUGUCCAAAUUAUCUACACCAAAAGAACGUGUCUCGAGACGUUUUGGACGGAGUUUCACCUGUGAUAGUUGUGGUUUUGGCUUUAGCUGUGAGAAGUUACUAGAUGAACAUGUGUUAACUUGUACUAACAGACAUUCAUACCAAAACACAAGAUCGUUUCACAGGAUAGUAGACAUUAGAGAUGGGAAAGACAAUAAUAUCAAAGCUGAAUUUGGUGAAAAGGAUUCUUCAAAAACAUUUUCUACACAGACAGACAAAUACAGAGGAGACACAAGUCAGGUUGCUGCUGAUGAUUCAACUUCAACUUCGGGAAGCAGAAAAAGCACAAUGGAGUCUGAAUUAGCUAGCGAAGAAAAAAGCAGAGCUGCUGAGAGAAAAAGAAUCAUUAUCAAGAUGGAGCCAGAAGAUAUUCCUACAGAUGAACUGAAAGACUUUAACAUUAUUAAAGUUAAUGAUAAAGACUGUAAUGAAUCCACUGACAAUGAUGAAUUAGAAGAUGAACCUGAAGAACAGUUUUAUAGAUACUAUGUUGAAGAAGAUGUCAGUAUUAAAAAAAGUGGUAGGAAAACUCUAAAACCUCGGAUGUCAAUAAAUGCUAAUGAAAGAAGUGGUUUAGAAAACAUGAGGCCUCCUAACAGCAGCAGUCCUGUCCAAGAGGAUACUGAAAAUGUCUCCUGUGAGCUAUGUGGACUCACAAUAACUGAGGAGGAUCUCUCAUCUCAUUACUUAGCCAAACACAUUGAAAAUAUCUGUGCAUGUGGAAAAUGUGGACAAAUACUUGUUAAGGGUAGACAGCUUCAGGAACAUGCCCAACGAUGUGGAGAGCCCCAAGAUCUGACUAUGAAUGGACUAGGAAAUGCUGAGGAGAAAAUGGACAUGGAAGAGAAUCCUGAUGAGCAAUCUGAAAUAAGAGAUAUGUUUGUAGAAAUGUUAGAUGAUCUUAGGGACAAUCAUUUCCAGAUAAACAGUAUUCAAAAGAAACAGUUAUUCAAACACUCUACCUGUCCUUUUCGAUGUCCUAAUUGUGGCCAGCGUUUUGAAACUGAAAAUCUAGUGGUUGAACACAUGUCUAAUUGCCUAGAGCAAGAUAUGUUUAAGAGUGCUAUGAUGGAAGAAAAUGAAAGAGAUCACAGACGAAAGCAUUUUUGUAAUCUGUGUGGAAAAGGAUUUUAUCAGCGGUGUCACUUAAGAGAACACUAUACUGUCCAUACUAAGGAGAAACAGUUUGUUUGUCAGACAUGUGGGAAGCAGUUUUUAAGAGAACGUCAGUUGCGACUGCACAAUGAUAUGCACAAAGGCAUGGCCAGGUAUGUCUGUUCCAUUUGUGAUCAAGGAAACUUCAGAAAACAUGACCAUGUGAGGCAUAUGAUUUCUCACUUAUCUGCUGGUGAGACAAUAUGCCAGGUCUGCUUUCAGAUAUUCCCAAAUAAUGAACAGCUGGAACAGCACAUGGAUGUACAUCUAUACACAUGUGGAAUAUGUGGAGCAAAAUUUAAUUUGAGGAAAGAUAUGAGAUCACAUUAUAAUGCCAAGCAUUUGAAAAGAACAUAAGUGAUUUUCUACUGUGCUAAUGUUUAGUUGAUAGCUGACAACACACCAAAGCAAAGGGUAUGAGCUAUUUAGAAACUGAUUUUAUAAGGCAGAUUGUUGGAAAAAAAUUCCAAAGCCCUUUUACUUUUAAUAUUUUUGUUUAGGAUCUUAAGUAUCUACAUCUUAGUUAGUAUUAAAUGUUUAUCUUUUUUGUUAUUAAUAGAAUUCUCUGUUUUUAGUUUGUUUUAGCUAUGAUUAAAAUUACUUUCAAAUGUAGACUAUAAGUGGUUGUUACCCCUUCAAUGACUAUUAAACUUUAGUUUUUUAUCAAUAAGGUGAUGAUUUCACUAUUUUCUGUGGGUUUUUUUUUUUUGUAAGGUUCCCCAUGAAAUUUUAAAACCCAACAUUAUUGGUCAUUCCUGUUUUUUAAUUACUUAAAA